AUGGGCACCACCACGUGCCAGGUGGUGGGCUUCCUCCUGGCCGCGCUGGGCCUGGCAGGCUGCAUGGCCGCCACGGGCAUGGACAUGUGGAGCGUCCAGGAUCUAUAUGACAAUCCGGUCACCUCGGUAUUCCAGUACGAAGGGCUGUGGCGGAGCUGCGUGCGCCAGAGCUCCGGCUUCACUGAGUGCCGGCCCUACUUCACCAUCCUGGGCCUGCCAGCCAUGCUGCAGGCAGUGCGAGCUCUGAUGAUCGUGGGCAUUGUCCUGGGAGUAAUUGGCCUCCUCGUAUCUAUCUUUGCUUUGAAGUGUAUACGCAUUGGCAGUAUGGAAGACUCUGCCAAAGCCAACAUGACAUUGACCUCAGGGAUUAUGUUCAUCGUUGCAGGUAUCUGUGCUAUUGCUGGGGUGUCUGUGUUUGCCAACAUGCUGGUUACAAAUUUCUGGAUGUCCACAGCGAACAUGUACUCUGGCAUGGGCGGAAUGGUGCAGACUGUUCAGACCAGGUACACCUUUGGCUCAGCUCUGUUUGUGGGUUGGGUGGCUGGUGGCCUCACUCUCAUUGGAGGUGUGAUGAUGUGCAUUGCCUGCAGGGGCUUGGUGCCUCAGGAAACCAGCUACAAAGCUGUGUCUUAUCAUGCCUCGGGCAAUAAUGUUGGCUACAAGCCUGCUGGCUACAGGGGCCCUUCAAGUUUUGGGCCCAACACCAAACCCAAGAAGAUAUAUGAUGCUGGUGACCACACAGAGGAAGAGGUGCAGUCUCAUCCGUCCAAGUAUGACUAUGUGUAA